AUGCGUUUCGCCGGGUCGCUGAUCGCGUUCGUCCUGUGCUGCGACGUUUGGACUGCAGCGGGACAGUUCAGCGAAGAUGACGGAGCCCUGUACCUGACGCCCAUGAUACGGGCGAACAAAAUAAAAGAGGCGCGGGCCGCGUGCGCGGUAAAACCCUUAAAGGCGGAUAUCAAAAGUUACUCCGGUUAUCUGACCGUGAACGACACGACCCGUUCCAAUCUGUUCUUCUGGUUCUUCCCCGCCAUGGAGGACGAUGCUAACGCACCCGUACUACUGUGGCUGCAAGGCGGCCCCGGCGCGUCCAGCCUGUACGGUCUGUUCGAAGAGCACGGCCCGUUCUCGGUGGGCAAGUCACACGGGCUGAAGUUACGCAAUCACACGUGGGUGUACCAGCACUCGGUGCUAUACGUGGACAACCCGGUGGGCACGGGCUUCAGCUUUACCGAAGACGACGCCGGAUACAGUACCGAACAGGGAGACGUGGGCCUCAACAUGUACGUAGCCCUGGUACAGUUCUUCACGCUGUUCCCCGAAUACCAGAAAAAUGAUUUCUUCGUGACCGGCGAGUCGUACGCCGGUAAAUACGUGACGGCCGUAUCUUAUGCGAUCCACUUGAACAACCCCAAUGCGGCGCUCAAGAUCAACCUCAAGGGCCUGGCCAUCGGAAAUGGACUGAUCGACCCCAUCAACCAGUUGGUGUACAGCGAAUACCUAUACGAACACGGAUUUCUCGACGGUAAAUAUUAUAUACUACGAUAUAUUAUUGACAAGGCUUGAUUAACCAAUAGGCUGAAAAGGAUGCAACCUAGGGUGCCAAUCGGCCAAUGUUAAAUGGGGGGGGGGGCGAAAAAACUUGUAUCUAUAUAUAUACAGUGUGAUCACGAUUUAAGGUAACACUAAAAUAUCUCUGGUGGAUGACCUUGUAUUGAAAUGGGGUUUUCAGGAGGUGAUAGGGAGUACCUAAAGACAUAUUUUCAGAUAAAUUUCAAAUUUGUUAAACUUUUGGUAUACGCAUGCGCAAUACAACUUACAUUUUUUUAAAUGGAAACACUAUUUUUUUUCUACAUAUUCGGAUAGAUUAUUUUUUUUAAAAAAAAUUUUGUAUUCAAAGUUUUUUCUGUUUAUAAAACUGACCAAGUUAGAGUAAAUCAAAAUUUGGAUUUCUGUAUAAUUCGUGUUUAAUGAAAUUUUCAUUUAUAACCACUGGAAAUACUAAAAUAAUUGUGAAAUAAUUAAACAUUAUUUUUAAUGUANAAAAAGUAAAAUGUAUUAAAUAAAUUUAUCGUAUGAAUUAAUAAUUUAUUCAUUUAUUCAAAAUGUCAUUGUUAGUGAAUUUUGAUUCAUUACUCCAAAGAAUAUAAUUGACAAUUAAAGGGUUAUACAAUUUAAUAUUGAACCAAGCUAUAAAUUCCAACCUACGAAUAAAAUCUCCUGCACUCAAAGGUUUGACAAAAUCGAUUUUAUAUGGGUGCAUUUUGUGUUUUUUAGACUUUUUGAGCAUAACCAUAUGAAACUCCAAUUUCGCGAGCAACAUGCCUAAUUGACGAACGUGGAUUAGCUCUUAUGUAUGCUAGUACCUGUAAUUAUGUAUCGUCAUCAAACAUAUUUUCUCUACGCCUUUAUUGAAUUAUUUGUCUGCCAGGAAAUCUUCCUUCCUCUCUUAACCCUUUUAAAAGUCGUAAAACAUAACUAUAAGGUGGAUGGUGCCUUUCUGGAUAUCGUUCAACAUACGUCAUAGCAGCUGGGCGUACAUUAUGUUGACAUUCGCCAUAAAUUAAAACCAAUUCAACUUUUUCAGCGUUAUUCAUAUUUAAAAAAUUAUAAUUUAUAGGAGCACUUNUGCCUUAUUAUCUGAUUAUCUUAUCGUUAUUAGAGCUAUUGUAAAAUAAAAUAAAAUUCCACUAUAAAAAUAGUUAAAAUUGUAAUCGUAUUAUUACAGUUUACUGAACAAAAAUUAUUACAUAUUCGAGAUAUUCAUUCUAGUGACCAACAGUAUUUUUAAAUUAUUAUUUGUAAACAGAUAAAGUAAAUUGAACAAUUAUUUUAGUAUUUCCAGUGGUUAUAAAUGAAAAUUUCAUUAAACACGAAUUAUACAGAAAUCAAAAUUUAGACUUACUCUAACAUGGUCAGUUUUAUAAAUAGAAAAAAACUCUGAAUAAAAAAAAUUUAAAAAAAUAAUAAUCUAUCCGAAUAUGUAGAAAAAAAUAGUGUUUCCAUUUAAAAAAAUUGUAAGUUGUGUUGCGCAUGCGCAUACCAAAAGUGUUACAAAUUUGAAAUUUAUCUGAAAAUAUGUAUUUAGGGGUACUCCCUAUCACCUCCCGAAAACCCCAUUUCAAUACAAGGUCAUUUACCAGAGAUAUUUAGUGUUACCUUAAAUCGUGAUCACACUGUAUAUAUAUAUAUCAGUGACCAUAGGCGUAGUCAAACUUUUUUAUUAUUAAUUAAACUUUUUAUAUUUUUUUCUGUGAACAACUUUUCUAACAAAAAUAUUGCUCCAAUUUUCAACUGUAGCACUUUUUCUGAAAGGAAAUUGAACUGGGAUGGUAUUUAAGAAGGUCAUUGCUUGAUUUUCUCUAGGGUAUUCAUAAUAAGUGGAAAAAACAUAGACAAAAUUUACGAAAUGUAUUAUUUUACAAUUUAUUAUUCAAAAAUAGAUAUGCAAUUUCUUACCUUUACCUACUUCUCUGGUCUAAACCUGAAACCAGAGGUUCCCAACCUAUGGUCCGCGAAACAUUGUGUAGUAAUCAACGAGCAAUAUCGAGAAAAUUUAAAAAUAUUUCAUUUUUUCUUUGGGUCGUGACACAAAUACCUACAAUCGUUUAUAGUAAACUUUUAAACUUUAAACUUAAAUAUGAAAUUUAUCGGUAUUUCCCAGAAUUUAAUAGUUUCGAAACGAUAGGUAUCCGAAGCAUAAUUCAAAACCCUUUAAUUGCUAAUAUCGAUGAGGUACCUGAUAUUAACCGGGAAGAUUUGAUAGAGUUAAAAAACGAUCAAAACUGUAAGGAUACGAUGCAUAUCAAAUAGUUUGGUAUGAAAAAGCAAUUUCGUGUCUUAAGCAUUGGGAAACCGCAUUAAGAUGUUUAGUGACGUUUUCAACAAAUUAAUUGUGCGAACAAGAAUUUUUCGAACUACUUUAUAUUAAAAAUAAACAAAUAAGCAGAUUAUACGCCACUAAAAACAUGUAGCUUUAAACAGUAUUCCCCCGAGAAUAUCUUUGUUAUUAAAGAAAAUGAAAGCCCAAAAAUCCCAUUACAUUGUUUUUAUAAUGGUAAUUUGCGUUUAAUUGUUGAAAAUUUUAAAUUUUACUUAAAACUAAUUAGUUAUAAACAUUAUUAUAAGAAAGAACCUAAAAGAAAUUUCAUUGAUUUCAUUUAUUCGUAAUCUAAAUUUUAAAAAAUCACCCUGCUUAAAUUAAUGUUCUAUUUCUCUAUACUUAUACACACGUACAAUACACAUAAUCCAGGCCACGCAUUCAUUUAUUUAUUUAUUUAUUUACGAGUAUUAACCAUUUAAUAAUUUUGUUUUUACUUUAUUAUUUUAUUUUAUAUUGUUAUUGUCAGAUGAAUCGAAAUAAGUUUACGUACUGGAAAAAUAUAAACUACUAGCUGUCCCGCGACCGUGCGGUAAAUAGUUUUUAUUAUUAUUUUUUACCCACAUUCAUUUUUGUUUCGACCGUGUCGGAUUGAAUGAAAACAAAUAAGUGAUCUAUUGUGAAAUUUUAAGUGUGUAAAUAAUAGUAAUAAUUAUAAUUAUAAUAGUUUUCUUAUCCAUGACAACCAGAUUAUCAUCCGUAUCACCAAGGUUGGGUGAUUGAUUAAACAAAAAUUAAUAAAUAAGCGAUUAAAUAUUCGUACCAUAUGUACCUAAAACUUCCUAUUUUACCCCUUUAGGGGUUGAAUUUUAAAAAAUCCUUUCUUAGUGGAUGCCUAUGUCAUAAUAGCUAUCUGUGUGCCAAAUGUAAGCCCGAUCCGACCAGUAGUUUGGGCUGUACGAUAAUGAAUCACUCAGGACAAGUUAUUCUAUAUAUUAUAUAGAUAACGUUUUAACGUUGUAAAAUAAAAAUAAAUGUUUAAUGCUACGGUAUUGACCUUCUGAUAAAAAAAUUUUAACAUUCGAAUACAAUAUAAAUAAUACCAGUUUCAAACAUAUCUCGAAAAGUAUGCUAGACAUCAAUUAUUAUACAACGUGAUUCUUUUAUCGUUAAACACUAAUUAUUUUGUAAUAUAGACUUUAAAAAAAAAAAAAAAAAUUGUUUCGACAUUUUAGAAAUAAGCAAAGUAGAAAAAGGUAAUGAAAAAAAAGCAAGUGAUAAAAAAAACAAUAUAUUUAUUUUACAUAAAAUAAUAUAAAAAGUAAUAUUAUUAUAAUAUAUUCAAUGAUAAUAUUUUAAACGUUUUCACAAAAAUAAUUGUCUCAUUAGGUUAUCGAAAUCUGCAGUCUAAUGUUGAAAUCGAAUGUAAAUUUCUUAAACGCUGUACCAUAUCGUAUACGUUUUAAAUAAAUACAAUUUUUUAUAGGUACCUACAUAUUUUUUUACACUCUAUUUAUAAUAUCCAUGUGUAUAUGUCAUUUAUUUUCUUUUUAAAUUUAGAAUUUUUUUGAAUUUAAUACAAAUAUGCUAUUAUUGCGUAUCAAUGCAUGAUGAAUGUAUUCUCAUUUCAUAUGAUUUAUUUUAUAAUUUACCAAUAAUAAUAUAAUUUACCUAUUGAUUUUUAAAAACAAAUAAUUAAUAAUUAUAAAUCAUACUCAUUAUAAUUAAAUCAUAAUCCAAAUUCCUUUUUUCCAACUGUUCUUAUUUUGAGACAAACAUAUUUAGAUAAUUUAUUUUUCCACUAAACUAUGCUAAAGCCAUAUGUUUAUUUUAAGUUGAUUUCUAUAUAUUUUGUACUUACACUACAAUAGUGGUCAAUUUUGUUAAUUUCGAUUAUAGACUGCAGAUUUCGAUAACUUGCGUCGAUAUUAUUUUUGUGAAUACAUUUAAAACAUUAUCAUUGAAUACAUAAUAUAGUCAAUGGUAUUGAAAUAUAGUAUAGGUACCUUUUAUACGGUACUAUAUAAUAUUAUGUAGUACUAACCAAUAAUGUUAUUUUUUAUAUUAUAAUAUUUAAAAGAAAUAUUUUUUACCACUUGCUUUUUUUCCGUAGCCCCCUUUUUCGCACGUUAUAUUUUAAUAAUAUUAAUAAUCGUUUGUCACCGUUGUAGACGAUGGUAAGCACCAGUUCGAGUUAAUGGAGAACAAGGCCCGAGCCGAAAUUCUCAGCGGUGACUAUACGGCCGCGUUUAAUACGUUCGAUAUGCUAUUGAACGCCGACGUUUACCCGUAUCCGUCACUGUUCAAGAACCUGACCGGCUUUGGUUACUAUUUCAACAUGCUCUUUGAUCGGGACCCGUCGGUGCACGGCAACUGGUCAACGUACGUUCAAGGUCCGACCAUACGGUCUUCCCUGCACGUAGGCAAUCGGUCGCUGAACAACGGCAUCGAAGUCGAACGCCAUCUGUUGAACGACGUGAUGCAGUCGAUGAGUUCGUGGCUGGCUGCCCUGCUCAACACCGGCAAGUACCGAGUGCUGCUUUACUCCGGGCAACUGGAUAUCAUCGUGCCGUACCGGGGCACGAUGUGCAUGGCCAAAUCGCUCAAGUGGUCGGGCGCCGAUAAGUUCAAGAACGCUACGCGUACCAUUUGGCGGCUAACAGAACCAGGGACCAACAGCACCGUGGUAGCCGGGUACGCAACCACGUCCGGCCCACUCACCGUGGUGUUGGUCAGGAACGCCGGUCACAUGGUGCCCGGUGACCAACCCAUUUCGGGCAUCGACCUGAUAAACCGAUUCACGACCGGCAAAUCGUUUUAA